AUGGUUGUCAAUCGCCCCUCAUUACACCGACCAACAAACGGCCGCUCGGAACAACCCCUCCUCAAAGAUGAGCGCCAUCACCGGUCCCGCUCCCGCUCGAGCUUCGAGAAUGGCGACACAGAAGGCCAGCCCAUGCUGCAUGAAGCCAGAUGGCCGACAAUCCGGAGUAAAAGUCCGGAGCACGACGCCACCAGAGCGACCCGCAAGAAAUACCUUGUUGCAUCGGGAUUCCUCCUGCUCAGUUUGGUCAGCUUCGUGGUCCAAACGGAAACUGCUUCAUACAUUCAAAAUGAGUUACACUGGAAGAAGCCGUAUUGCAUGCUCUAUAUGACCCACGGGUCAUGGUCCUUUCUCUGGCUGGUCCAGCUAGGUAUCCUGAGAUUACAGAAACGGAAGCUCACUUGGGAUGCUUUCUGGCGGCGUCACAUCCUUUUCAUUCGCACCACUGCGCAGAUGGUAGAAUCCCAGGAAGUACAUCUGAGCUCUCGCGCGUCCAAUCGAUCCCCAAUCCGCUAUAUGCUGAAGACCACCGCCUUUGUAACUACUGCUCUCACUGUCGCCGGAGGAUCAUGGUACGUGGCAGUCAACAUGACCACUCCCAGCGAUCUCACAGCAAUCUACAACUGCUCGGCCUUCUUCGCAUAUGCCUUUUCGAUUCCGCUGUUAAACGAGAAACUGCGGGUCGACAAGGUCUUUUCCGUGGCUGUGGCUACCAUCGGCGUUAUGGUCGUUGCCUAUGGGGAUGGGCCACAUAAGAAGGUCUCGAAAGGAGGCACGGAUGAGAACGGGGCGCAGAAUAGAUUGCUCGGAAACCUCGUUAUCGGCGUUGGAAGUAUUCUCUAUGGGCUUUACGAGGUGCUCUAUAAACGUUUUGCCUGUCCCCCGGAGGGUACCAGUCCUGGCCGGGUACUCUGGAUCCCAUUGCCAUUUUUACAUUGGACCGGAUGGGAGACAUUUGAAUGGCCCACUGGAGAGGCAGCAUGGAUGCUGCUCAUCUCCGUGACUGCCAAUGCUACAUUCUCGGGUUCUUUUCUUGUUCUCAUCUCCCUCACGUCGCCCGUUCUAUCAUCAGUGGCCGCUCUUCUUACUAUUUUCCUCGUCGCUCUGGUGGACUGGUUCCGAACCGGAAACUCCCUUUCUAUGGCCUCUAUCAUUGGAGGCGUUUUGAUUACGCUGGCAUUUUUUAUGUUGAGCUACAGCACGUAUAGAGAGAUGAAUGAGGAGCGGAAGAAGCGUCUAGAGAACGAUGAGCUCGAGUCUGACAGUGAUACAUAG